AUGUUGUAUACCCCGCAGAAAGGGUGGCUCAGCCACUUUUCGUUGGGUCGUUUGCUGCCGUCUCCCUUGCGCCCAACCCGCCUCCUGAUAUCCGUUACCGUCAACCCACUGCUUCUCAGCGGCUGCAUCCGUCCAUUUCGUUGUGCUAGGGCUUGUCCCAGGGACAUGGAUUCAACAAAAGCUUCCUCUCUUCAACAGCCCAGGCGAACCUCCACCAAGCUGCUGAAGCAACCGCCGCCGCUGUCGUCGAGUUCCACCUGGUCGAUUAAAAAGCAAGCCAGCAACAAUUCCCUUCGAAGACAUCCAUCUGCUCCAAUUUACCCGCGAUCCCACAUACCCUCUAACCGCGAGCACGCUCGAACGAAAUCCGGCGGCUUUGGCUCCUCUACGUCCUCAAUCGACCAGCACAGUGACCAUAACUCACCCGGCGCGCAAUACAACGAGUUUGGAAACUAUUCAUCGCCAAACUCCGCCCAUAACACUGCCCGAUCAUCACUUAGCCUACAGAAUUCGGAUGAAUUGAUUGGCUCGCGCUUUGAUACUCGCGGCAUGCUGAACGCACUCGAAUCCACCCAGAUGCAGUCCUCUCAACGGCCCCCUCCCCUCCAUAGCUAUAAUACCAGCCCGGAUCCGCGAAGUACUCCAACUUUGAGAAAUUCUGGCGUGUUCAAUUCAAAGGAGCGACGUAUGGAUCCGCCUAGCCCGGAUGGCACGAUAAUAGCGGCAAAGCGACAUUCAGAUGAAGGAACUACCGUAAAACCAGGCCUAGGCGGGAGGAAAAAGUCCGGGUUUUCAAACUUUGUGAAUAGCAUGCUUGGAUCCCCCCGCAACAUAAAGAUAUCAGCACCCGAAAAUCCAGUUCAUGUUACUCAUGUUGGCUUCGACAAUGAAACCGGCCAGUUCACGGGUCUACCGAAAGAAUGGCAGAUAAUGCUUCAGGAGAGCGGAAUCUCGAAGAAAGAACAAGAGGAGCAUCCCCAGACCAUGGUUGAGAUCAUGAAAUUCUAUGAGAAGAACACUUCGGGCAAAGAUGAUGAUGGCGUAUGGCACAAAUUUGAUCAUGCAAAACCAGCUGAUCUUCAGGAUCAUCAAGUAAAUUCUAAGGCUUCUCCUGGCGGACUGAGUGUGGGCCCUUUUUCUCCGCUCACAGCACUUACCUCACCUCCUGCGAGCCCGAGAUUCCCGCAAAAUCAUGAAGGUAGCUUUGAAAAUCCCAGGGCGCCGCCGCCUAUUCCCAAAGCUGCCUCAGCGACAAGUCCACUCUCCCCUGGCCCCUCACCUUCGGGCACCAAUUGGGUUCCAAACCGCGCAGCGCCCAAAGCUCCGACUCCGGCAGCGAGUAACCUUGUGCCUGCUCGUCUCCCUCCUCAACCACCCGCACCCAAGGAUAGUCGAACCGUCCCGGAAGCGCCUGUACACCCAUUUGGCGUCCGACCGAUCCCUGAAACGGAGCCACUGCCCCCACAGCCUCAGCGCAGCCGAUCCAACUCGAAUCAGACCAUGACUGGUGUCGUCUCGCGGGUACCUCAGACCAUGGUCACUUCACCUGUUCAAUAUCAGCAGUUGCAAGAACAAGCUAGCACGGCAGCGCAUCAGGCUAUUACCAGCAAACAACUAGAACGUACCCGUAGCCAACGCCAACAGCAACAGCAACAGCAAGCACGGUUAGCAGAACAAUCAAUUCAAUCGCGACCACAGCAACAACAAUCGGUUGAUCAAAUCCCGAGACCAGAUCAACCAGGAUUCGCAGCUCCAGUCCCGCAGCAAUAUGGGCUUACUGUCGACCCAGCCCAAUAUCCUCAGCAAGCACGCGCAGGCCCUUCGCCGAGGUCACGACAACGCGUUCGACAGAGCAACGGGAUCGAAAUCAGAAACCGUCUGCUUUCGAUAUGCACUGCUGGCGAUCCCACUCGCAAAUACAGAAACCUCAACAAAAUUGGACAGGGUGCAUCGGGUGGUGUCUUUACUGCGUAUGAGAACGGCACUAACAAGUGUGUUGCUAUAAAACAGAUGAACCUAGAACUCCAACCAAAGAAGGACUUAAUUAUUAAUGAAAUCCUUGUGAUGAAAGAUAGCAGACACAAAAAUAUUGUUAAUUUCAUGGAUAGUUUCCUGCAUGGCGGCGAUUUGUGGGUUGUGAUGGAAUAUAUGGAAGGUGGUAGCUUAACAGAUGUUGUCACGUUUAAUAUCAUGACUGAGGGUCAGAUUGCUGCGGUUUGCCGAGAGCAUUUGCACUCAAAAGGUGUCAUCCACCGUGACAUCAAGUCUGACAACAUCCUUUUAUCACUGGAAGGGAAUAUCAAACUGACCGACUUCGGGUUCUGUGCCCAGAUAAAUGAGUCACAUAACAAACGCAACACCAUGGUUGGAACGCCGUAUUGGAUGGCCCCUGAAGUUGUGACCCGAAAGGAAUACGGUCGCAAGGUCGAUAUCUGGAGCCUGGGAAUUAUGGCAAUUGAAAUGAUCGAAGGAGAGCCACCUUAUCUUACCGAAUCUCCCCUGAGGGCUCUUUACCUCAUCGCGACCAAUGGUACCCCAACUAUCAAAGACGAACAUACUUUAUCUCCAGUCUUCAGGGAUUUCUUGCAUUUUGCGCUAAGGGUUGAUCCUGAAAAAAGAGCUUCUGCUCAUGAUUUGCUUACGCAUUCUUUCAUGUCACUUUGCGAGCCGUUACCGAGUCUUGCACCGCUUGUCAGGGCUGCACGAGCUAGCAGGGCGCAGGAGAAAGCUCAAAAGGGCGGCAUCUGA